AUGGUUAGAAAGAAAGUGAAGUUGGCUUUCAUUGAAAAUAACACUGAGAGGAGAGUCUCAUAUAGAAAACGACAAAAGGGAUUUUUAACCAAGGCUCGUGAACUCAACACCCUUUGCGAUGUUGAAUUGGCUACCUUAGUCAAUAGCCCUUACCACAAUGAACCUGAGGUGUUUCCAAAUCAUGAAGCUGCUACCGGGAUCUUUACAAAGUUUAUCGAUCUUCCAGAGGAGAAGAAAUCAAAAAACAUGAAAACACUAGAAAAGAUAACCACGAAAAGGAUCGAGAAAAUUGAGAAGGAACUUGAGAAGGUAAGGAAGGAAAACAAGAAAAUGGAGUAUACAAACCAGAUGUAUGGAUUGUUGAAUGGUGAAGAGAUGCCCAAUAGUAGGCACCCAGAAGAUCUCAACGAUCUCUGUUAUGUGAUCAAUAAAAAACUCAAACUGAUAAAUGAUGGGAUCAAAGCAAAAACUCAUGAAGAAGGUUCUACAUCAAAUGCUCCUCAACCUAUUGCUGGACCGAUGGAUUCUGGUGGGACCAACUUUGAGAUGUCAUGGGCUCCUCUUUUGGCCCCUGUUGAUUCUCCAGUACUAUCCGAGAUUCCUCUUUUGGUUUCAUCUACUAUAUCUAGUGGGACCAACUUCGAGAGGCCAAUAGCUCCUCUUAAUUUGGUUCGUGAUAUAACUCCAACAUCAAUGGUUCCUCUGACGGCUCCAUUGAUGGUUCCUUCAAACGCUCCUGCUCAAAUGCCUCAAUUCAUCUUCCCUUUGAGGAAUCCUCCUCAAAUGGUUCCACUUAUGGAUCUUUCGCAGGUUCCUUCUUUGUUAUCUUUACAAAGGUAUCCUGAAAUGGCCUAUCCAAUCCUUCCAACAACAAUGGCUUAUCCAAUGCCUUCACCGAUGAUUACUCCUCCAAUAAUGUCUAAUUUAGUGUUUCCUCCAACGGCACCACAAAUAGACCCUUUGAUGAAUAUCCCUUCCAUGAGUGCAUCAGUGCCAAUGGAUAACAAUGUUGAUGGCUCAUUAGGCAUUCCACGGAGUCCUUCAUUUUCUGAGUUACUAAGUUUGAAUGAUGAUGAGAUAAUGACUUUACUUGAUGAUACAUCAUUCAACAUUAAUGUACAAGAUCCAAAUCACCACCACAACAACAACUUGUAA